AAAGUCAUCCCCCUCUUUCCGCCUCAAUGUAGAGAAUGCAAUGCUUGUCGCGACCCAGAUGGCAACCUUUGUAUAAGGAGUGAAUUUACGUGCAGGGGCAAACCAGUCUAACACUUCAUGAGCACUAGUACAUUUACUGAGUACACGGUGGUGGAUGAAACUUCCGUUGCUAAGAUCGAUGAUGCAGCUCAUUCUGAGAAAGUCUGUUGAAUUGGAUGUGGAUUUUCCACUGGAUAUGGGACUGCUAUUAAAACUGGCAAGGUCACCUGUGGUUCGACUUGUGUGGCCUUUGGCCUGGGAAGAGUUGGCCUUUUGGUCACCAUGGGCUGUAAGUCAGCUGAUGCAUCCAGGAUCAUUGGGAUUGACCUCAACAAAGACAAAUUUGAAAAGGCCCUGGCUGUCAGAGCCACUGAGUGCAUCAGCCCCAAGCCCAUCAGUGAGGUGCUGUCAGAAAUGACAGGCGACACUGUGGGCUACAGUUUUGAAGUUACUGGGCAUCUUGAACCUAUGAUCGAUGCCCUUGCAUCCUACAACAUGAACUAUGGGGUCAGCGUGGUGGUAGAGGCUCCUAUAUCAGCCAAGAUGCUCACCUAUGACCCAAGGCUGCUCUUCCAUGGACGCACAUGGAAAGGAUGCAUUUUUGCAGGUUGGGAAAGCAGAGAUGAUGUUCCAAAACUAGUGAGUGAUUUCCUGGAAAAGAAAUUUGACCUGGACCAAUUGAUAACCCAUGUUUUCCCUUUUAAACAAAUCAAUGAAGGCUUUGAACUGCUCUACUCACAUCAAAGCAUUCGAACUGUCCUGACAUUUUGA